AGUUUAGUGUAGCUACAUCAUUCGGAUCAUUAGGAAUUUUUACUUUUUUCAGAGCAUAUCAAAAUUUGGUACUCGUCUUUUUUACACGACAAAAUUUUAUAAUUUCUUACAUUUUUUCGGCGGUCUGUUCGACGAAGCAAAAUUAAUUUAUCAGUAGUACGACGUGUAUCCUGGUCCAGACUAUAAUACCCUCAACGUGUGAGCGUAAUCCAGCCACCAUGCAUUCUGGCUACAGACGAUCCCAGAGCGGGGAAGCGCCAUCCAUUCGCAGCUUUAUUUCGCCCAAUCGCUUGGUGCGUAGUGCCUCCGACAGCGUGGUUCCCAGUAGGACCAAUUUUAGUGGCAUCCGCCCGGUGAUAGCCGCCGAUUUGCCACCCAUGGAGCUGUCUGAAAAACUUACCGACACGCUAAAGUCGCAGUUAUCGCAGCACCAGGAUUUCCUCAAGUUGUCCCGGCGGAUCAGGGUGAAUUACAUAUUACAAUACGGCAGCAAUUGCGGUGAGACGUUCUUAAAGCAUGGCAGAGCCCUGAUCAAACUGCAGCAGGCCGUUGGCGACCUCACCUAUCUGGUCGAUCAACUGAAGCUGGCGUACGAGCCCGUUUCCUAUGGAAAGGUAGCCGUGCAGGCUCAACAUGCCGAUAAGCUGGCCCAGCUAUUUGAGAAUCAGCUCACCGCCCACAAUGAGCAGUUGGAGCAGCAGCUAGCUCGGGACCCUUCACACCCAAGUCGUCCUAACGAUUCCCGCACGCGCAAGGCCGAAAUGGAAGAAGCUAUCAAGAACCUGCGCGCUUGGCGUUCCAACUAAGGCCAGCAAAUCGAAUGUCAAUAUACGAAUGGUAUUUCGAUAUGGUCACUAAAGACUAAAGAUGUUGCUGCUCGUAUGUGCGAGGAUGAUCUGUGAUGAUGCCUUGGUUUUGGAGACGAAUUUAUAUAUAUACAUGUCUUUGGUAAUCCACCUGGACUGGAACGUUCUACUUUCAUACUCAUUCAGGAUCAGUAUGACUUCCACUUCAACUCCAAAUUAAUCGAGUGCACCGCAGGUCCAGACAAAUAAAUAAAAUUACAAACUGAUAAACUGUA